AUGAAAUGGUCCAGUAGAAGGUUCUUCUUGUCGGAGAGCAGUGCAGCGGUGGCAACACAGGGAAGCAACGAUGGCCUGACUUUCAACCUGCGCAGUGUGGUUGCGGCGGCGGUGUUCAUUGUUUGCCGGCGCUCCCCGGCGCCGGUGCGGGACCAAGCCGUUGGACGCUUCAGAAGCAGAGGUGGGUGCCAAAUUGACUCGAUGGUUCAGAGCCGAGGUGGCUGCCAAAUUGAACUACACUCUCUUCUUGAUGGGUCUCUGGUUGAGCAAGGAGGAACAAUCAGCAGAUUUAGCAUUUAUUUUGCUAAAUCUGCUGAUUAUUGUAAUUAAAAAUCAGUGUGCCUUUAAUCAGCAGGCUAUCGUGACGGUCUCGUUGAGUCAUUGUUGGGGAUGGUACGGUAGCCUAUUUAGCAUUUAGUUACUAGCACAUUUGAAAAUUGACAUCCCAAAACCGGUUUCAGUAUUUUCAGUUUGCAGCUAGAUGAUGAAAUAUUUGGUCUUGUUGAUCAGCACCGCAUUAUCUAGAUGUUGGUCUUCCAUGGCAAGAUCGUUUGUGUACUUUGAAGUGCUUGGUCAUGACAUGUAUGUUCGCUAAUAUAAAUAUUCCCUUUGUUAGUUGAAUAAUGUGGUAUCUUAAACUGUCACUUAUCGGUACAUGCAAGAGA